UCCUUUUAGAAGUCACACAGCUUUAGUGACUGCGUGGGCACUGGGCAGCGGGUGUGCGGACGUACAGGCUCAGGUGGUGUACACAUUCAAGGACAUCAUGCGGAAAGCUCUUUCUGCUUUCAGGCAACGAGUGCAUUCUGAAAACAGAGAGACAGAACCCAUAUUGGAUCGACAUGGGCAUGAGAAUACUCCACCCUACAUCACUAUUAACAGCAGUGAUGCCUCCGUGUCUUGCAUUUCCACCGAAGAGACAGCAACAGCCACCUGCCCCACCUGCAGGGGGACUGGCCGGAUUCCCAGAGGACAAGAAAGGGAGUUGGUGGCUCUGAUUCCGUACAGUGACCAGCGCCUAAAGCCACGAAGAACGAAGUUAUAUGUGGCUAUUGCUGUUUCCUGUUGCUUCUUGGUCUUCUUCCUUGUUGUGUUCUUUCUGUAUCCUCGUUCUGUAACAUUGGACCAUGCUGGCGUGAAUUCUUCCCUGGUUACAUAUGAUGCCCCUAAAUCAACUGUGAAUCUUCUUACUACAAAUAGAUUGAACAUAAGUAAUUACAACCUGUAUGGGAUUGACAUUUUAAGCCUGAAUGUGCAAGUUCUCCACCUGUCUGUUGUAGUCGGAACACUUAACUUGAAGGAGGUUAAAAAGAUUGGUCCAUUACUCACUGACCAGAUCUUUUAUACUGUGGAGAGUCACGUCCAAGACGUAAGCACAUAUGAGGUCUGCACUUGGGAUCGAAUACACGUCCAUAACGUUCUGCUUCAUGUGCAGGGUUCCUUGAAUUUUUCGUACCUUGGACAUGUGGAGCAGAUACCAUUUGAUGGGUAUGAAUACCUGGAUUGUCACAGCAACUUUUCAGUCCCGCACUGAAUUCUUAAUAAUGCACCAUGAUAUAGUCUUAAGUAGAAUGGAUGUAAGUUUAGUGAUAUGCACGUGUUCUGACAAACUGAAGAAGAAUCCUAUGGAAAUGUAGAAGCUUGGAAAGCACACGACUGUUACUGUAUGUCAUUGACGUAAAACUUCUGAUGCUUGUACUGUGAAGAGGCGCAGAUCAUCUAUGUGUUCUCAUAAAUGUGAUCAGUGUCACAAAGAGCACCAAUUACUACUAAUACCAAUGUAAGAGACAUGCCCCGCUCAUUACAUGUAAGGCUCCAUUGCUAGGUAUGGGAUAUUGGGAGUAUUAAUAUUAAUUUAAAGAUCUGGGAUGCUACCACAAAGCCAAAUCUGAAGCCAUAAAUGCUCCCCGUCGAUGCCACGUCCAGACUGCUGUGUCCAGUGUGACAGUCCUGAAAUGUUAGCUUGUUGGAAAGGUUUUGACGUACUCACUAUAAUAUAAAAUGGAGAGAUACACUUUAUAUGUUAUUAAUUCAGCACAUUUAUAAAUGUAUUGUAUGUGCACGUGUGAGGAAGCUUGUAGCCAGAAAGAGACCAAAGUAAUUUUGUAUCAUGGGCUGACUGGUUAUCUUCUAUGGCUUGUGAUGUAAUUUUGACAUUGUUAUUUUAUUGUAUGGAAUCCUCGGCAUAACCUUAUAGUGGACCAUACAGAUUUACUUCAGCACUUGCACUAAAGCUGGCCAAGCGCCUUUCCCAUAAACUAGAAUACUUUGCUCAGAUGAGCAUGUAUGUAUUGUUUGAUAAGGAGAAAUCACGUCUAGCCUAUGUGCCAUACUUCUCCUGGCCUCAGAGGCUUCUCUUCUGGUACAACAAAGAAAUCAGGAAAUCGGGAAGGUCCUGGAGGUACCCAUACACAGGCUCGGACUGGCCCACAGGGGUACAGGGGAAACCCCCGGUGGGCCCCUGAGCAAGGUGGGCCCCUAGUCUCCCUCCCCCUGCACAAGUGGCACAUAACACAUUAAACUUACUGCACUA